CUACACUAAUACAGGCAGGAGGACAGAGGUUGAUGCUAACACUGCGUGAAUGUAUGGAUAACUUUAUCAUAUUUACAUAUGAGUGAUUAUGUAUCCCUUUUGCUUUUCAGUGUCUUCUCAGAAACAACCAGCUGAGGAGACUACAAGUGACGAGAAAGAUUCUGUGAGGAAUAUAGUCACAGAAAUAAAGGAUGGACAACAAUCUGGGACAGUGUCUCCUCAGAAACAAUCGGCCUGGAAGGUUACAUUUAAAAAGAAAGUUUCUUUUUUGAAUAUUGCCACAAGAAUAAUGGGUAGUAGGAAAUCUGGAACAGGUAAUUUGGCAAUACACAUUUAAUGUCAUGUGCACUCAAGACAGAAGACAACG